AUGGCUCAAUUCAUGGAGGUGCUAGAGAAUAACAGUCUCUCUGAUUUGGGCUGUUGUAGUGGUUUUUUCAGUUGGAGCAACAGGCACUCAGAUACUACUUUUACAAAAGAAAAAUUAGAUAGGUAUGUGGCAAAUACUCAGUGGAGGGAGCUGUUUAAGGGGGUUAGAGUGGAAGGUCUUAUAGGAAGGUGUUCAGAUCAUCUUCCCAUUCUAUUAACUAUGAUGGGAAAAGAGGAAAAACAGUGCAAAAGGAAGUUUCCCUUCAGAUUUGAGGCCGGUUGGAUCAAAGAAGACAAGUGUGAGCAGCUUGUUAGGCAAGGUUGGAAUAGAAAGGGAUUUAUGGGUGAUCCCAUUAGAAGAGUUUCUACAAUGUUGGAGACAUGCAAAGGGGGUCUGGUGGGGUGGUUCAGGAAGAAGGAUCGAGAUAGGGCCAAUGAUAUAGAGAAGUUAACUGUGAAGAUUCAAAAGGUACAAGAGUAUGAGGGACCACAUAAUACUGAAGAACACAGAUAUCUUCAGGAUAAAGUGGGACUUCUUUUAGAACAUGAGGAUCUCAAAUGGAAACAACGAUCUAAGAGAAAUUGGAUGAAUCAAGAAGGGAUUGCUGAAGCAUUCAAGGAUCAUUUUUCUGAGAUUUAUAUGACUGCAGCUUCUUCUAGUAGUUUUAUUGAGGCUUGUUUGAGUACAGUUAAAGGCAAAGUGACAGAAGAGAUGAAUCAGUUCCUGAUAAAGACUUUUACAAGGGAGGAGGUGGUGGAAGCUGUAAGGUUGAUGGGCCUACUAAAAUCACCUGGGCCAGAUGGUUAUGGGGCUUGCUUCUUUCAGUCAUAUUGGGAAAUUGUAGAGAGUGAUGUGUGUGAGGCUGCUCUAAAAUUUCUGAAUGGAGGAGGGAUGGAUAAGGGUCUGAACCAUACUUUCAUUGCUUUGAUCCCUAAAGUAAAAGAACCAAAAUCUGUUAAUGACUUUCGCCUAAUCAGUCUUUGCAAUGUAAUGUAUAAAAUCAUUGCAAAGACCUUAGCAAACAGGUUAAAGAAGGUUCUAGAUGAUGUUAUCUCAAGAACUCAGAGUGCUUUUGUCCCUCAAAGACUUAUCACUGACAGCAUUAUCACUGCUUAUGAAGUGUUACAUUCUAUGCCAACAAGGCAGAAGGAUAGGGUGGGGAGUAUGGCUCUCAAAUUGGAUAUCUCAAAGACUUAUGACAAAGUAGAAUGGUUUUUCUUGGAAAAAAUCAUGGAGAAGUUGGGGUUUUUUGAGAAGUGGGUGGCUUUAAUCAUGGAGUGUGUGUCUACUAUCUCGUAUGCAGUCUUGACAAAUGGGAGUCUAGGUGAGAAGUUUAAACCAACUAGAGGAUUGAGACAGGGGGAUCCACUUUCCCCCUAUCUUUUUCUGUUGUGUGCAGAGGGAUUGAGUGCUAUGCUUCAAUUAGCAGAAGAUAUAAGAGAGUUAAAAGGGGUAGCAGUAGCUAGAGGUGGUACAAGAGUAACUCAUCUGCUCUUUGCAGAUGAUUGUAUCAUUUUUGGCAAAGCUAGCUGGAGUGAGUGGAGGAAGAUAAUGAGUAUAUUGGCGCUAUAUGAACAAGCCUCGGGACAAAGCUUAAACAAGCAGAAAACUACCAUUUUUUUUAGUCCUAAUGCAAAGAAAAAUGUAAAGGAGGGUGUACUAAAGGAGUUGGGUGCUAGAUUGGUUACAAGCUGGGAGAAGUAUUUGGGUUUGCCAAUUAUGGUUGGCAGGUCUAAGUAUGAUUUUUUUAGAAGUAUAAAGGAUAGGGUCUUGCAGAGGGUUAAUAAUUGGAAACAUAAGUUUUUGUCUCCUGCUGAUAAUGAAGUUCUUCUUAAAGCUGUCAUUCAAGCAGUGCCUAACUAUCAUAUGAAUGUUUUCAGACUCCCAAGGAAACUUUGUAAGGAAAUAGCGGCUAUUAUGGCAAAAUUUUGGUGGGGGUUCAAGGAAAAUGAAAGGAAGAUUCAGUGGAAGAGUUGGUCAAAGAUGGGUUGUCAAAAGCUGAAGGGGGGGUUGGGAUUUCGAGAACUAGAAAGCUUUAAUACUGCUCUACUUGCUAAGCAGUGUUGGAGAAUUUUCACUAAUCCUCAUUCUUUCACAGCUAUGGUAUUAAAAGAUAAAUAUUUUAGACACUCAGAUUUCCUUCAAGCAACAGUGGGUCAUAGACCUUCUUUAAUUUGGAAAAGCUUAUGGAGUUCUUUGGGUUUACUAAAACAAGGAUUGGUGUGGAGGGUGGGUACGGGUCAGAAUAUUAAAGUGUGGGGUGAUAGGUGGAUCCCAACUUUGGUGUCACAUUGUAUACAAUCUCCUGUUACUGUUCUAAACAGUGAUGCAAGGGUUAACGAAUUAAUUGAUGGCAGCAGAGGGAUAUGGAAGGAAGAGCUUGUAAAAGAGGUGCUAAAUGAGGGUAAAGCUAUGACAGUAUGCAAUCUACCAAUCAGUAAAUCUGGUUUGCCUGAUAAACAGAUUUGGGGUUAUACAAAGGAUGGCUUUUUUAGUGUUAAGAGUGCAUAUCAUUUGGAGGGGUUGUUAAAGCUAUUAAAUUUGGUCGCAAAAGAGGAUCUAGAACUACUUGUAGUUGUGAUGAGAGGGGUAUGGUUAAGGAGAAAUGCUUUUAUUUUUGAGAAGAAGCUUACAGGUCCUGGAACUAUAGUUGAGCAGGCUGCUAUUUCCCUUGAGAAUUUUCAAAUAUCACAAACUGUAAAGAAGGGGGAUAUGGGGAGUUAUGAAGGGGGAAGACGGGGUUGUAGAUGGAAGGCUCCUAUUGGUGAGUGUAUUAAAGUUAAUUGGGAUGCUGGUAUGAGUAAAAAAGAUGGAAGAGUGGGAAUUGGGGUUAUGGUGAGGGAUGGAAGGGGAGAGGUGUUGGUGUCUCUUUGCUGCUCGAAAGAAGGUUGCUGUAGUCCAGUUGUAGCUGAGUUCCGGGCUUUAUGGAGAGCUAUGAAGCUAUGUGCAGAGCUUAAUUUUGAGAAUGUGAUCUUUGAAGGGAAUGCUUUAGUUGUUGUGAAGGUUGUAAAUAGUGAGAAAGAAAGCUAG